AUGGCUACAUCAACGCAAUACAAUAGCAAGUGUGCUGGUGUCAAGCGAUUGAUGAGGGAGGCCAUGGAGCUUGCUGAGCCAACGGAAAUGUUUUUCGCACAGCCAAUGGAGGAUAAUUUAUUCGAAUGGCAUUUCACUGUUAGGGGCCCACUUGGUACGAAGUUCGAUGGGGGAGUGUAUCAUGGCAAAAUCAUUUUCCCUUCCGAAUAUCCCAUGAAACCUCCAAAUCUCAUUAUUUUAACACCCAAUGGGAGGUUCGAGCUGAACAAAAAGAUUUGUCUUUCCAUUUCGGGAUAUCAUCCUGAAACUUGGCUUCCUUCUUGGUCAGUCAGAACAGCCUUACUUGCGUUGAUUGGUUUUAUGCCUUCCGAGCCAGGUGGUGCAUUAGGAAGUUUAAAUUAUCCAGAGGCAGAAAUUAAAACCUUAGCUAAAGCUAGCUUGAGAUGGUCAUGCUCAGAAUGCGGGCUUUGUAUGAAAGAUGCACUCAAGCCUCUGGUUGACGGGUCUGCCAUGAAAGAAGCAAAAGAACUCGCCGGCAAAUUGAUAUUUAAGAAUUCUACGGAUACUCCCAAAACAUCAGAAUCGUCUGAAUCAGAGAACGUUAUAGAACAAGUAGAAUCUGUGGAAGAAACACGGAGUGAGGUAGAAGCUCCUAGCCCUCCUGCACCAGUAAUCAAAGCUCCUUCUCCCCCAGUCCGAAUUAGAACCUCUUCAAACACGUCCUCUUCCUGCGAUUUUCAGUUGUUCAUAUUCAUUCCAUUGUGCGUUCUAUCAUUCGGAAUUUUUAGUGUUUUACUUGCGCGUAGAGCCUACAUGUAA